UUCCCGGAGUUUGUCACUUCUUCCUUUUCUUCCAGGGAGGAAGCCGCUUCGCGACAACAGCUGGAGUCGAUGGGAACGAGAAGAGAGAUGAAGACGUUCUCCGCCGGUCGCCUCCUCGCUUCCUCUCAGACCCCCGCGGAGGUGUAGGAGCAGCUGGACAUGCCUCAGCCCAGGAGGACGCUGCUGUUUGUGGGGGUCUUCCUGUUGCUUGUCGGCGGGGUCUCGGUCCUGGGCGUGGCGCUGCCCUUCCAGUCCGUCCCGUUCUUCGUGGUCGGGGCCUUCCUGGGCAUGGCGGGUCUGAGCCUGCUGGUCAGCGUGCUCUUCAUGGCCAUGCAGAACAUCCAGGUGGCGGUGCCCGGACACUUCCUCCUGCACCCCCGCACGGGCACACGCUUCAGCCCGCCGCAGGCUCUGGCCAUACAGAGGAGGUUGGAUCGAAUUCGUCGGGAGAUGUCAGCGGACUCUGUCGGACAGAGACCGGAGCCUGAGCCCCCCCUCCCGUCCACCCCACCCCCCUGGACCAUGGAGCCGCCUCCCUCCUACGACACAGUGAUGAAGAGCCAGGAGCAGAGCGAGCAGCUGUAACCUCUGGUCGGACAUCUUGACUUUGUGCCGGUGCCUUCUGUCUUCUCAGUGAGAACCUGUAACCAACACUCCGUGCUAUCGGUGAACUCGCUGCCUGGGGCCUGUUGUGCCUUGAUCCAAAGCACAAGCCGAGGAACAAGAAGAGACCACGGCUGGUUAAAGAUGUACGAAACCGAACCACAGCCUGGCCUCCAUGUCAACUACAUGUGUGUUGUUGGGAUUGUUGGUGGAAUGAAUUGAAAUGACCACUACAGCUGCUUCACUGUACACUAAGCGUCCGUGUUCAGACCAGCGUCAUGUAGCUUUCACAGCAAACUCAAGAGAAGCGGGUCACCAGAUUGGCUCGGAGACUCCUGUAGACAGCUAACUCUGAUUUGUUUGGGCCUGCUUGAACUUAUGUGAUCUAUUACUGUGGCUGCACUUCUCUUGGAACACAAGGUCUUUCCUCAAGGCUUCUCUUUGUAUCUGCACUCUUUCCUGUCAUAACGCUGCACACGAGUUUUUGAUAGCUUACUCCAACGCAAGGUGCCUUAACCAGUGACAGCGGAAUGUUAACAGUAUAGUGUUAUUUAUCAACCUGCUUUGUUACCAGUAUGUCCCCUGUUUGGUGUUGUGAUGUUCCUAUAAACUGCAGAUACUCACCGGAGCUCUCUUUGGGUGGUGUCGCUCUUCAAAACAAUGAUGGUGGAUUGGACGGGUUGUUUAUAUUUAGGGGAGAAGCGAUGUGGGGAAGGGUUUACGCUGUCCCAUUUAAAAUAAUUUCCCAAACCAAACAAACACUAACUCAGUGCUGUGCAGCAGCUGAGUCGCGAGUGUCCUUUUUGCCUGCAGCUCGAGGCAAGGUGACCUAUUGGGUAAACACACUCACCUGCAAUAUUAUACCUGACCUGACCCAGCUGUCUGCAGGCUGUAAUAAGCAGCAGAGUGGAACCCCGGCUGCGUUUCCUCCGCCCUCACCUUCAAGUCCUGACACAACAACACACCAGUUCUUUUUCUGGCU